ACAAUUGAUCUUAUUAUGCUCAUAACUUACCAGACUGAGAAUAACAUCGUCAGAUGUCUAGAUCCAGAUUAUGCUCAAAAGAUUAUUGAAGCCAUCGAUGAAGUUCAAGUUAAGGGAGACUCUGUCGGAGGCAUAGUGACAUGCAUUGCUCGAAAUGUUCCACGAGGGCUUGGAUGUCCAGUCUUUGAUAAAUUGGAAGUUGAUUUGGCAAAAGCUAUGUUGUCUCUCCCUGCAAUGAUGGGAUUUGAAAUUGGCAGUGGUUUUGCAGGAACUUUUUUGACUGGAAGUGAGCAUAAUGAUGAGUUCUUCAUGGAUGAGCAUGGCAAUAUACGGACACGAACAAACCGGUCUGGGGGUGUACAGGGAGGAAUAUCAAAUGGAGAAACCAUUUACUUGAGAAUAGCUUUUAAGCCAACUUCUACUAUUGCGAAAAAGCAGCAAACAGUGACAAGAGAUUGACAUGAAACUGGGC